AAAGUUCACAAUGAAGAGGUAUUUUCCAUGAACACAGAAGGCUUGCAAGGACGUGUUUGCGCAGUUCAUCUCCCAUGAAAGACUUUGUUGACAUAGUCAGUCUUUCAGCACUGUGACAACCUGUAUUUAUCCCUGAAACUAUUCAAACGCCGGCAAAGUGAAACCAAAAACAAGCUGGGUGUUUCCACCCCCGCGCCGCGCACCGAGCUGUCACCUUCACGACGGAGAUGCCAAGUUAAUCUGCACAACUAAAAGGAAAAUAAAAAGAUGGCCUCCAGUGCAGAGAAGGACCUGACCUGCCCCAUCUGCCACGACAUCUUCGUGCGGCCGGUGGUCCUGUCCUGCAGCCACAGCUUCUGCAAGGCCUGUGUGCAGGCCUGGUGGACGGAGAAACAUGUAAACGAGUGUCCCGUUUGUAAAGCCAGUCCUGUGAGGGAGCCGCUGGAGAGCUUGGCCCUGAGGAACCUGUGUGAAGACUUCUUAAAGGACAAGAAGAGGAGGGUUCCUGCAGAAACGGAGGCCCGCUGCAACCUGCACGACGAGAAGCUCAAGCUGUUCUGCCUGGACCACCAGCAGCUUGUGUGUCUGGUUUGUCGAGAUUCAAGCGCGCACGCCAACCACAGCUUUAGACCCCUGGACGAGGCCGCGCAGGAUCACCGGGAGCGACUCCAGGAGGCCCUGAGGCCCCUGAGAGAGGAGCUGGAGGUCUUUGAACGCACCAGAGCAAACUGGGACCAAACAGCCAAACACAUUAAAGUUCAGGGCAGAAAGAUGGUGGAGAAGAUUAAAGAUCAGUUCAAGACAUUUCACCAGUUUCUCCACGAAGAAGAGGAGGCGAGGGUUAAUGCUGUCAGGGAGGAAGAAAAGCUAAAAAGUAAAAUGUUGAGGGAAAAGGACGAAGAUCUGAGCCGACAGAUAUCAGCGAUUUCAGACAUAGUCAGAGCCUCGGAGAAGGAGCUGAGAUGUGCUGAUGUCUCGUUUCUGCAGAAUUACAAAGGGGCAGUAGAAGCAGCCCAGCGGCGCCCCCUGCUGGAUGACCCGCAGCUGCCCCCGGGAGCUCUGAUGGAUGAGGCCAAACACCUGGGCAACCUGGGCUUCAACAUCUGGAACAAGAUGAAGGACAUGGUCUGCUACUCCCCAGUCAUCCUGGAUCCAAACACGGCCCACCCAGCCCUCAUCCUCUCCGAGGAUCUGACCAGCGUGAUACACGACGGUGCCAGGCAGAAGCUCCCUGACAACCCAGAGAGGUUUGACUGUUUUCACAUAGUACUGGGUUCUGAAGGCUUCAGCUCGGGGACUCAUAGCUGGGAUGUCGAGGUUGGAGAAAGUGGGGACCUGGGCAUGGCAGAAGACUCUGUCCCAAGGAAGGGAGUCGUAAAUUCUGGAUUGUGGAGCAUAAACUUUAAGGGUGGAGCAUAUGCAGCCUGGUCCCCUUCAGGUCUACGUACGUUUUCUUUAACGAAAACUCCCAGGAGGAUCCGAGUUCUCCUGGACUAUGAUAAAGGAAAACUGUCCUUCCUUGAUGCUGACACUGAAAAACACCUUCACACCUUCACACACAACUUUACUAAGAAUCUUUAUCCAUACAUUCCUAACAAUUGGGAUCAACAACUAAAAAUAUUAUCAAAGAAAGUCUCUGUUACAAUAAAAUAG